AUGAGACAGCCUUCUUUAAACUACAUACCAAAACAGCCCACGCAAAUAAGCCGACCAAAGAGGGCCCAAACGAACCACCCCAAGAAGCCAUGCCGAGAAGGCACCACCGAGGAACCGACACAUCACCACGACGCCGACGCGCCAACACAAACCAACGCCAACAAGCGGGAAGAAGAGGAUAAAGCAGGAGCAGGCAGCAAUGUGUUUGAAGCAGGCUUAGUAAAACGAGGAUUAACUUGUUACCAAUAG